ACAGUGAGCGUCGAUGUAGUGGAAUUUCGAAUACAUUUUUCAUGAGAACAAGCUAAUCUCUGGGUCAAAUGAGAUACAGCUUUAUCUGUGAAUAAAUUUCAGAUAACACUCAGUUGUUGCUUAACUGUCGUACUAUCUACAUACUGAAAAAAAAAUACGAAAAGAAACUGGUAAUCAAACCGAGAACAUUUAGCAUCAACACAAUUCUGCGAGUUAGUUUGCAAAGAAUGCUGUCUUCAAGUGGUACUGACCAGUGUGUGUUUGUUUUUUAAAAAUAUCACGAGUACAAAAUGAUAAUCUUCCUUUUAACGUUCCAUCUAAGUGUAGCUACUGCUUUAAAUAUUGCCAUCAUUGGUGGCGGACCAACGGGCCUCUGUAGUGCGAGACAUUGUAUUGCUCGAGGAUACAACGUAACCAUUUUCGAACAGAAUGAGGACAUUGGCGGUACGUGGCUCUACACUGAUGAAGUUGGAAAGGACAAGUAUGGCCUUAAAAUCCAUUCAGCGAUGUACAAGGAAUUGAGAGCAAAUGGACCAACACAAACAAUGGAAUAUCCUGAUUUACACUAUCCAAAUGACACAUUGUCAUAUCCACCGUACCCGGACGUAUUGAACUAUUUGCUUUCAUACGCCGAUUUAUUUCAAUUGAGAAAAUAUGUAAAAUUUAGUCAUUUGGUUGUACGUGUCCAUCCGAUUGAUGGCGAUAAAUGGGAAGUUAUCGUUAAGGAUUUACCGAACGAUUCAUACAGUACCCGAAUAUUUGAUGCCAUUUUCGUUUGUAAUGGACAUUUUUCGGAGCCUUUAAUUCCGGAAAUUGAUGGUGUAAAUGAGUUUAAAGAGAAACUCAUGCACAGUCACGAUUUUCGUUCAGCUGAAGUCUUUCGUGACGAAGAUGUGCUCAUAAUUGGAGCUGGAACUAGUGGCUGCGAUUUGGUCAUUCAUCUAUCGAGGAUUGCUAAGACUGUGACUCUGAGCCGAAGACACAAACCCAAAGAAACUGAAGAAAUGAAAUCUAAAUUCCAAAACUCACUGCCGGAAGGAAUCAUUGUGAGAGACGUCGUUAAACGGUUCACCGAUGAAGGAGCGGAGUUUAUUGAUGGAACACAGAUGAAUUUUUCAACGAUCAUUUACGCAACAGGCUACAAAUAUUCAUUUCCAUUUCUCAGCGUCGAUUCGGGCAUUCAUGUGGACGAUAAUUUCGUUCAGCCACUCUACAAGCAAAUUAUCAAUAUUGAACAUCCAACAAUGGCUUUCAUUGGAAUACCCAAAAGUGCGCUCAACUACAACAUGUUUGACAUGCAGGUGCGCUUCGCUUUAAAGUAUCUCUCCGGUGAAAAGAGUCUGCCAACGAAACAGGAGAUGUUGUUAGACCAGCAAGUGGAAACGGAGGCUCAUUGGAAACAAGGUUAUCCGAAGCGUAAAACCCAUUUGCUGUACCCAAUGGACAGGAAAUACUUCGAUCAACUGUCAAAUCUGACUGACAUCGAGAAUGUACCGGACAUUCUGGAUGCGAUUGCUAUGGACCAAAUUAAUGAUUUGAUCGAGCGACCAACUGAGUUCCGUAAAUACAAAUUCACAAUAAUCGAUGACAAAACUUAUACGAAAGUGAGAUACGAAGAUUGAUAAAUUACUAGCGAUGCCACUGUCGUCAUAAUUGAGUUCUUGUAGUGUAAUGAAUUGUUGACUUUCUAAGCUGAUAUU